AUGCUUCUCAUCGUCAGCGACAUGUGCAAAGCUGUCUGGUUCUUCGCUGUUCCCCUCGUGUCACUCGUUAGAGGUCCAGUUAACAGUUCAUCGUCGUUCUGCCAGGCCAGCGGGUUCCUUCUUGCUCAAUCUACCGAAGCUUCGGAUUUCGCUGCUCUUAUGCUUGCACUCCACCUUGUAUCUUGUGUGUUUUACCCACCGAAAAGAAAGUUCCAGGGGGGAUUGUACAACUUCAGACGGUUGAUUUACCUUCUUUGGGUCUUGUUACCGAUAAUUGCAGCAUCUCUUGCAUUCACAAACACCGGUAACGCAUACGUGACCUAUGGCACGGUGUGUUAUCUCCCUGGACAGCCAGUCUGGUAUCGGAUGGCGCUGGCUUGGAUACCUCGAUACGUCGUCUUCGUCACAAUAUUGUCUGUGGCGUUCAUCGUUACGAUACAUGUACAUCUCACAUUCAAGCGCUUUGGUCAUCCUGGUGGUGAGACAGCCACCGGCCAUGUGGCAGCUGGGGACGGGUUGAGGAUUGUGAAAGUCAGCUUUCCCACUCCCAACUCAGUGGGUGAGGUAUCGGAAGUGCCAUGUCCAAACAUUAGCGCCAGAGACUUCGCCCCGAGUCGCUUGGCUCUUCCACACAGUGAUACUGUGGUUCUGAAUGAUCCUCGGCAAGACUCACCAGAGUCCAGUGUGCAACCCUUGAGAGCAGUAUCGAUGUCCCCUUCUUCUGCAACAGAUAUUACAAAUGACAUGGACGAGAAUUGUUUCAGAGCUCCAUCUUCGGGUACAGACAGCGCCACCGAAGAAUUGUUGACGCAUCGACAUACCAUCGAGCGGCACCUCCGUAUCCUCUUCCUUUACCCCGUUUCUUAUAUGCUCGUCUGGACCUUGCCAUUUGUCUCGCAAUGUCUUCAACUUACUGGCUCUCCUUUUGAAAGCCAAUCUGUCUGGUUACAAAUUCUUGCCACCGGUGUCCUUGCUCUCCAAGCGAGCGUCGAUGCAGCCGUCUUCUCCUACCGGGAGCGACCCUGGAAGCGAGCGAAGGGUCGAGCUUUGAUAUCGAAGGCUAAAAUACAACGAUUAAAGCUUUGGCGCCGUACCAAUCUUAGCUCAGAGAAUGGAUGUGAAGCGGCAAAUGAGACUUGCCAGACAGUGACUUACCAAAAGUCCGUCGGACAGAGUCCACAGGACUCACCUCCUUGGUGGGAAGCGGAGGGCAAAAAGAGGAGAGAUAGUGUGUGGAUGGGGACGGAUGCUCUUUCUAUCUCGAAGGGUCGACAGCAGCGGGAAGAUGUGGACGCGAUCGAAGACGAAGAAGAGGAUACGGAUCCUCAUUUACCUAAGACUAGGUAA